UAUUUAUAGUAAAUAAUAAUAUAUCAUAUGGUUUAUAUCACAAAAAGUUUGUGAUAUUAUUAAUAUUGAUUUUAAUGAUGAUGAUUGAUGUUGAUGAUGAUUAAUGAUGAUGAUUGAUGAUGAUGAUUGAUUAUUAUAAUGAUGUUGAUUGAUGAUGAUGGUGAUGAUGAUGGUGAUUGAUGAUGAUUGAUGAUGAUGAUUGAUUAUAAUAAUAAUUAUUAUAAUGAUGAUGAUUGAUGACGAUGAUGAUGAUAAUGAUGCUGCUGAUGGUGAUGAUGAUGAUGAUGAUGACGAUGAUGAUGAUUGAUGAUGAUGAUUGAUGGUGAUGUUGAUGAUGAUGUUGAUGAAUAUGAUGAUGAUUAAUAUGAUGAUGAUGAUGCUGAUGAUGAUGAUGACGAUGAUGAUGACGACGAUAACGAUGACGACGACGACGAUAACGAUGAUGAUGAUGAUGAUGCUUACAUGAAAGCCCACAUUCAAGCACAAUUGCAUGAAUUCCAUUUCAUCUACUGUAUAACCCCUUAAUGAGCCCCACACGAGAGAUGACGCAGCUUUCGCAACAGAGAUAAUCAGAGACGAGGCUUAUCAGCAGCGGAGCAGGCGACAAAAUUUUCAAUCUGUGUAAAUUCGGAAUUUUCACGUACAAUAAAUAGCACACACACGGAACAUACAAUGUCCGAUCAGCCAGGACGUAACCCUCCAGGGGCCCCUGAGCAAAGAGGGGAAGAAAUUUUACAAGAACUGAACAAAAACAUGAGUAAAUUUGCGGACAUUGCACGAUCAGUGGGUGAAAUGAAAUCGACCAUUGAAAACCUUCAAAACGACGUGAAAGAAAUUAAACGCCAAAACCAAGAAGAGGCGGGGCCGUCAAAAAAGUCACGAAUUUCGGACUCGGAUAUGUGCCAGUCGGGGCCGUCCAAACAGUUACAAGCACCUGCGGUUACAGUUGCCAAAAGUUCCGAUUCGGAAUCGGAACCAAUGGACGCAGAAAUAGACGAACUGCAGGGUUAUUUGGAUGAGGAAAGCUGUUCGGAUGAGGAGGAUUGCGAUCUUAUAACAGAGUUAACGCAAUUCUGUACUGAGACAACGGAAACUGGUGAGGCCGUAUCACCUAACAUCGCUGAGAUAACAAACAAGGCAAUAAAAAAACAAGCAGUCAGAAGAAAAAAUCAAAGAGAUUCUGAACAGACAUAAACGGCCAGUCAAUAUCGAGUUCCUUCAAGUCCCCAAGGUUGAUGAAUUUCUGUGGAGACAAUUAAAACAGUCCCCAAGACAUUCAGACUUUAUCCUGCAAAAGUCUCACAGCACGCUUACACAAGUAGCGGUACCAAUCAUAAAGGCACUUGAGAGGAUUCAAACAUCCAAAGAUAAAGUACUGAAACAGCUGUUAUCGGACGCAUUCAAAUUGGCAACCAAUGGGAUACAGAAUACGACCAAUUACAGAAGAGAGAAACUAAAAAAGGAAUUGCAACCCCGCUAUAGACAUCUAGGAAAUUUGGACUCCUCAGCAGAAAAGCUGUUCGAAAAGAUUCCAGAGGCUAUUAAAACCACCGAAGGAGCCAAACAAAUCGUCAACAUGCGCUACGCUCCAACUCAACGGAAGCCUUUUUUAGGCCAGCGCCCAAAUCAGCACAGGUGAAAUCCGGGAGCAAAUCAAUUCAGAAGAAACAACCACGCAUACCAGCACAAACGCAGGGGAAAUUUCAAGAUGCACCCCAAACAGAAAUAAACGAAGGUGACCUAAAGAUAAACUUUAGUCAACGCACAUGUUUUUUACAAAAUACCAAAGAAAAUUUUAAAGCAGGUAAAACGAAAUUAGCAGUUAAAGAAUGGGAAAUACUAACAAGCGAUAAUUGGAUUUUAAAUACAAUAAGAGGUUACAAGCUAGAAGUAAACAGUUCACCUAUUCAAGAAAAUCCACCUAUGCCAUACCAAUUUAAUGAGAGGGAAAAACAAAGCAUUCAAAGGGAAAUAGACAUGUUCUUGAAAACUGGUAUAAUUGAAGAAAUCGAAAAUAGACCAUAUGACGGCGAAUUUAUAUCAAACAUCUUUUAUAGACCAAAAUCAAAUGACAAAACCAGGAUUAUUUUAAAUUUAAAACCAUUUAAUAUAGACUAUACAAACAAAAUUCACUUUAAAAUGGAAACAUUAGCUACGGCGGUGGCAAACAUGAGACAAAAUUGUUGGUUGGGUUCUGUUGAUCUAGCUGAUGCAUUCUAUUCCAUUGAAGUAGCGAAAGAACACAGACACAUGCUGAGGUUUGUGUUUGAUGGUAGAAAAUUUCAAUUCUGUGCCUUAGUCAUGGGCUUAUCAAGCAGCCCAAGAGUAUUUUCUAAAGUGUUAAAACCUGCAUAUGCUUAUUUAAGAUCAAAAGGUUAUGUCAGUACAGCAUAUAUUGACGACUCAUGCUUACAAAGAGAGACAAAACUUAAAUGUGAGCAAAAUAUUAUAGACACAAUAACAUUAUUUGACCGUCUAGGCCUUACUAUCAAUAUAGAAAAAUCAGUAUUACGACCAUGUCAACAAUUAACAUUUUUAGGAUUUGUAUUAUGUUCUAUUACCAUGACUGUAACACUAACCAUGACCCGUAAGGAAGAAAUUCGACACAUGUGUCAAGCCAUGGUAACAAAAAAGAGGACAACAAUAAGGGAGUUUGCCAAGCUUAUCGGUAAAUUAGUGGCGGCCACUCCGGGGGUUGAAUAUGCAACACUAUUUAUCAGACCAUUAGAAAAAAUAAAAGAACACGCGCUUUCGAAGCACAAUGGCAAUUUCAACAGUUAUAUGAAUAUUCCCAAAUCAAUACACCCUUCGUUACAAUGGUGGAUAAACAAUAUUGAAUCCUCAUACAAAAAGAUUUAUCAUGGUCCACCAGAUAUUAUCAUAUACAGUGACGCUUCAAAAACAGGCUGGGGUGGAUAUAACAAAACAAACGGCCAAAAAACAGGGGGCAUAUGGUCCGCAGGUGAACAAAGUAUGCACAUAAAUAUUUUAGAAUUAAAGGCAUGCCAACUUACGAUUAUGGCGUUCUGUAAAAAUGAAACGAACAAACAUCUCAAACUCUACAUGGACAACACGAAUAGUGUAGCAUACUUCAAAAAUUUUGGUGGUCGAACUGAUGAACUACAUAACUUAGCAAGAAAGUUAUGGCUGUGGUGCUUAGAAAAGAAAUUGCAUUUGUCAGUGGCACACGUGCCUGGAACGGAAAAUCAUCAAGCUGAUGAGAUAUCUAGAACAAUUAAUGAUGAUACUGAGUGGUCAUUGAAUGAUGAUGUAUUCAAGAAAAUCAUGAAUAUUCACAAUAACAUGCAGGUGGAUCUGUUUGCUUCUAAGCUCAACAACAAAUUGGAUCUUUACGUUUCAAGGUUUCCAGAUCAUAAAGCACAUCAAAUAGACGCGUUUACUUUCGAAUGGAAAUCAUCUGUGUUUUAUAUGUUCCCUCCUUUCAGUUUAAUAUCAAAGGUGCUACAGAAAAUGGUGGAAGACAGGACAGAAGCCGUUCUAGUGGGCCCAAUUUGGCCAACACAGCCAUGGUGGCCCAGUCUAUUACAGUUGAUCAGCGGAUCAUGCCAUCUACUUCCACUUCCGAAAUCUAUUCUGACACUUCCACACAAAUCAAACAAAAUGUAUCCACUUCCCAAAAUGAGACUAGGACUUUUUCGCUUAUCAGGAAGUCGCUCAAAAACAAAGGAAUUUCAAAACAAGCUAGAGACAUUAUCCUCGGAUCGUGGAGAGAAACUACAAAGAGACAAUAUGACGGAUAUAUUAAGAAAUGGAUUAACUACUGUGGACAAUCGAAGAAUCCCAUUUAACCCAAUCUAAAGCAUGUUAUUAAUUUUCUGACAUCUUUAUUCAAACAGGUCUAAGUUAUAGUGCGUUAAAUACAGCACGAAGCGCACUUAGUACAUUCUUAAAACUGUGUGGCAAUAUAAACAUUCAUGAUGAUGACAUUUUAUCAAGAUUUAUGAGAGGCUGUUUCAAUACACGACCAGCUUUCCCACGUUAUCAAUGCAUAUGGGAUGUUAAUAUUGUUCUUGAUUUUUUACAUUCACUGAAAACUGAUAGCCUUGCAUUUUUAUCCCACAAAUUAUGCAUGCUUUUCUUACUAGUCACUGGACAGAGAUGCCAAACUCUACACUCCCUCAAAACUACUGAUAUUCAAAUCACUGCAGACAAGCAAACAAUUGUAAUAUCACCUAAACAAUUGUUAAAACAAUCCAGACCAGGGACACAUUUGAGGCCCAUUGAUCUUCAUAGAUAUGAGGGAGGAAGGGACGUUUGUAUUGUGGAAACAAUGUGUAAAUACCUCGAUAUAACCGAAUCGUUAAGACAAGAUGAUUAUUUAGUCAUAAGUACAGUUAGUCCUUUCAAACAUGUUUCCAAAUCCACAAUUAGCAACUGGAUAAAGAAAGUCUUAACCUCAGCCGGUAUUGACAAACAGUACAAACCCCAUAGCACUAGAUCAGCAGCAACUUCCAAAGCUAGCAAAGGAGGGGUUGCACUAGAUCAAAUUAUGGCAGCAGCCGGGUGGACAAAUGCAAAGACAUUUGCCAGAUUCUAUUCACGGGAAAUAGUACAUAACACCACUAAUUUUCAAUCUGCUGUGCUGAACAAAUGAGGUAGACAUGUAAAUAAACGGACAUACAUAUCUAUAUGCAACAA